AUGUCUUAUUCAAUUAAUGCACAAUUCCACAUUGUACUUAUCUCUAAAUGCUGGUAUAGUAAUAGCAAAUUUAAUAAUCGACAAGCUGAAACAUUGUUACCAAUAUAUCAAAGUAGAAUUGAGUCAAAUGAGCUAGAACAAUUACCUCAACCACUAUCAUUUCAAUAUCUUGCGAAAUUUAGACAAACACCAAAUGUUAUGCAAAUGCAAGGCCCCAAACAAAAAUAUGGAUAUGGCAUGGGUUAUGCCAAAAAAGCACUUGAUCUGGCUAUUCGAACUAACAAAAUUGAUGAAUUUGUUAGCGAGAUAGAAUGUUUUAUUGAAAAAGUAAAAAGGAACCAAGAUGACAAUGAUAACAUUGAUCCUACAGAUGUUGGAGAUCCAUUAAGAGUACGACAUAAAGGUUGA